AAACGAAUUUCGGCGUAUUCUUCAACUAGCUACCACGAAAGUACGUGGUGCGUGCGGAGCAAAAAAAUUUAUAGUGUUAAGUAAUUUAAUAGUUUACAUUCAACAAAAUGAGGGAAAUCGUGCACAUUCAAGCUGGACAGUGCGGCAACCAGAUCGGCGCUAAGUUCUGGGAGAUCAUCUCAGACGAGCACGGCAUCGACCCCACCGGCGCCUACCAUGGCGACUCGGACCUGCAGUUGGAGCGCAUCAACGUGUACUACAAUGAGGCCUCCGGCGGCAAGUACGUGCCCCGCGCCAUCCUGGUGGACUUGGAGCCCGGCACCAUGGACUCUGUCCGCUCUGGACCUUUCGGACAGAUCUUCCGCCCCGACAACUUCGUGUUCGGACAGUCUGGCGCCGGCAACAACUGGGCCAAGGGUCACUACACUGAGGGCGCCGAGCUCGUAGAUUCAGUCCUAGACGUCGUACGAAAAGAAUCAGAAUCCUGCGACUGCCUCCAAGGCUUCCAACUCACACACUCGCUCGGCGGCGGCACCGGAUCCGGUAUGGGCACACUCCUCAUUUCAAAAAUCAGAGAAGAGUACCCCGACAGAAUAAUGAACACAUAUUCAGUUGUACCUUCGCCUAAGGUGUCAGAUACAGUAGUAGAACCUUACAACGCCACACUAUCAGUCCACCAGCUAGUCGAAAACACAGACGAAACCUACUGCAUCGACAACGAGGCUCUCUACGACAUCUGCUUCCGCACGCUCAAACUAUCCACCCCCACGUACGGCGACCUCAACCAUCUCGUGUCGCUCACCAUGUCCGGCGUCACCACGUGUCUGCGGUUCCCCGGUCAACUGAACGCCGACCUUCGCAAACUGGCCGUGAACAUGGUACCCUUCCCGCGUCUGCACUUCUUCAUGCCCGGGUUCGCGCCGCUCACGUCCCGCGGCAGCCAGCAGUACCGCGCGCUGACCGUGCCCGAGCUGACGCAGCAGAUGUUCGACGCCAAGAACAUGAUGGCGGCGUGCGACCCGCGCCACGGCCGCUACCUCACCGUGGCCGCCAUCUUCCGCGGCCGCAUGUCCAUGAAGGAAGUCGACGAGCAGAUGCUCAACAUCCAGAACAAGAACUCUUCCUACUUCGUGGAAUGGAUCCCCAACAACGUGAAGACCGCCGUGUGCGACAUCCCGCCCCGCGGUCUCAAGAUGGCCGCCACCUUCAUCGGCAACUCCACCGCCAUCCAGGAGCUGUUCAAGCGCAUCUCGGAGCAGUUCACGGCUAUGUUCAGGCGCAAGGCUUUCUUGCAUUGGUACACUGGGGAAGGAAUGGACGAGAUGGAGUUCACCGAGGCCGAGAGCAACAUGAACGACCUGGUGUCGGAGUACCAGCAGUACCAGGAGGCCACCGCCGACGAGGACGCAGAGUUCGACGAGGAGCAGGAACAGGAGAUCGAGGACAACUAAGCCUCCCCCCCCCCACUCGUCCCUCUACUCACACUACCCCAGUCCCGUCUCCCGCGAACCGCGUCGCGUGAUGACUGCAUUUUUUUGCUUCGAUAGUAUUUUUACCGAGUACUUUUUUACAAUAUUUUUGAGAUUUAGUUCCCCACCCCCUGGGAGUACACAUUGAUGUUGCGAUGCAUGAAUAGCGGUUACAUUCCCGGUU